UUAAAUAGAUAGACCAAAAUGCGGUAAAAAUGGCGCAUAAUCAUGCCAUUUCAACGAUGGCCGCUAUGGCUUCGCGGAACACAAAAGCCGCUAACCGUGCUAAGGCUUCAAUGAAGCGUUUUCGUACGGCUGUAACAAAGAUUCUGAAUGAGGUUGAAGAAUCAGACGCGGAUACUUUGGACAGCGUCAGUGUAGCUGACGCCAUUAAACGUGUAAAGGCAGAUGCCACUGAAGUGCUUACGGACUUGCAUGGGUAUUCCGAGGAGAUAACUGCAACGAAGGCAUCUGAUGAGCUAUAUAACUCCUUGUUAACGGAGCUAAAGGGUUACUUAGAUAAGAUUGAUGCCGUGCAAUCUCGUUUAUCUAUGGUAGAAUCUGAUCCUAGUGAGGCUACUGCGUCUAAUGAGACUCCAACAGUAGUAAAGAGCGUGAAAAUAGCCUCAAGCCCUCGUGAAACUGCUCAAAGUAGCAAUGUACAAAGGCAGCUACAGCAGCAAUUGGCUCCUCCUAGUUUCAUAUCUCCAAUUGAUUCCACCAUUUUCAACGAACGUUCUGAGCAGAUCAGUCAUUUACGUUCAAGUGUCUACGACAUCCAUGACAUAUAUGUUCAAAUUGGCGAUAUAGCAGAGCAACAAGGAGACCAAUUGGACAACAUCGAGAUGAACAUGAUACGGACGCUUGGUGACACACUGGAAACCAAUGUAGCUAUACAAAACACGGCUGAUCGUGAAAGCACAUCAUGGAGGCACAGAUUUGUGAUAUGUGUAUUGCUACUAUGCUUGAUUGUCAUCAUUUUCAAGUAUCGAUCUCUUUGAGUUCCC